AUGGUGUUUGUACCAUUCACUGGUAUAGACAAUCACCACUGCAAUGUUACAUUUGGUGCUGCAUUAUUGGCGUCAGAAACUGCUGAUACGUAUAUAUGGUUGUUGAGAGUUUUUCUAAAAGCUUUUGGUUCUCAACCAAAAGUUGUCGUCACUGACCAAGAUCUAGCAAUGAAGAAGGCUAUUUCUGUUGUUGGUGUUAGGCUAUGCAAUUCCACCAAUUUCAAAGAACGUAUUUGUGGUGUUGUGUGGACGGAUAUUCUUACACCCGAAGAGUUUGAAUCAGGAUGGGAAGAGGUUAUUGGAGAGUUCAAUUUAAAUGAUAAUGACUGGCUCUCUGAUAUUUUUGCACUCAGGGAAUCUUGGAUCCCUGCAUACUAUAGAAUGGAGGAACUGUCGGGUCUUAUGCGUACGACAUCGAGGUCGGAGAGUGAGAACCAUUUUUUUGGUCAAGUGUGCAAUUCAAAAUCUACUCUUGUUGAGUUCAUGACUCAUUACGAAACUACAAUAGAAGCACAUCAUCACACGCACCAGAAAAAUGAUCAUGAAUCUCGAUACAAGCAUCCCCUGUUGAAAAGUAAUUAUAAAGUGUUGGAGGGCCAAGCUGUUGGUGCAUAUGUCUGUCGACUUCGUCUUGUAUCUAGUCAUGUGACUAGAUAG